AUGAUUCUGGAAAUAUCAUCAAAUGUUCUAUGCAGACACAACCUCAAGGCGUCCUUCCGGAUGCUUGGGGUUCCUUCGAAUAGCGAUGCUAAACUUUCUGGAGCAACAAUGAAGACAUUCACUUACAUUCCCAACAGCUCAAACUUCUCAUCUAUGGAGGGGGCAUUGAAGCUUCGAACAAAGUCCCCGUAUUCAGUUAUGUCACGUUUCAACCGCAAGCCACCACUACAAUAAAACAGAAAUGGCACUACGAAGUCAGGCUCUA